AUGGGCCUAGAAAUCGACCACUACAAGGUCCUCGGCCUAGCUUCAGGGGAGAGAGCGACAGAGCAGGAAAUCACCAGAGCCUACAAGCUCAAAGCCCUGAAAUUGCAUCCCGACAAGAACCCAGACGAUCCGCACGCCACAGAGAAGUUCCAGAGGCUGCUAUCGUCGUACCAAUUUCUUCUGCAGGGGCAGGGGAACCAGCUGGAGGAAGAAGAACCCGACCAGGAAGAAACAGGGGAGAAGAAACAGGGGAGAAGAAAAAGGAACAGUAAGGAGGAAAAAGCCCGGCGGCGAGAGGAGGAGAAGAUGAAGCAGAGGAGGAGGAAGAAGAAGGAGGAAUCCCGUCGGAAGGAGGAGAUGGAGCAGGCGAGGAAGCGGGAGGAGAGAAAGCGAAAGGAAGCUCGGGAGAAUGCUGAGAAAGAACGGCUGGCUCAGGAGGAAGCAAAACAGAGGGCUCGGGAGGAAAGAGAGAGGAGGAAGGAACAGAGGUCCGAGGAAGCGAUCCGACGAGACGAGGAAGAGGCCGAGCGGAGGAGACAGAUGGGGGAAGAAGCCCACCGGAAGGAGGCUGAGCGGAGGAGGAUGGCGGCGGAAGCCCACCGCAAGGAGGCGGAGCGGAGGAGGAUGGCUGCGGAAGCCCGCCGCAAGGAUGCGGAGCGGAGGAGGGCGGAUCCCCUGUGGCGGAAGUACAUGUCCCCCGACGAAAUUGAAGAAGCGACGGACCGGCUGGCUGAGGAUUACGCAAGACGGUUGCCGCGCGCCACGAGAAUAGUCUUGGGUGAUCUCUCCUAUCCUGUUUUAGUGCUACCAGUUCAAUCAGCUCAAGCAAACGACUUUCCUCCAGGCAAUCAGCAAGCAAGCAGCGGAAAUUCGAGGGAGUGGCUAAUUUGGUUGGAGCUGGUUACAACUUACAAGGCAUAUGAAGAUUCUGUUCUCGAAAAGCUUCAAAAGGUUGGGACAUGGCUUCCUUAG